AUGAAAAAUCAGAAAGUAAGGAGAAUACUGAAUGCGGCAGGCAUAGCCCUUAUUUUCUUUGUCACACAGUGCAGAGGAAGUGGAAAUGCAGAUGAUGGGAAAAGCAUAUGGGAUGCUGUAGGCCAAUUUAUAGCAGAGAACAAUUUGGAAAAUGUAAUGGAAGGCCAAGAAAGCCCAGCUAAAAUAGUAGGCAAUGAUAUGCCUGGGACAUCUAACAAUGGAGAUAUAGUGAUGAUAGGCAAUGAUAAUAUGUUCUUUGAUCCAAUAUAUAAUAUGCCUGGGUCAUCUAAGAGUGGAGAUGCAAUGAUGGGUAGUAAAGAAGUAGACCUUGAUGAUCUUGUGCUAGAUGAGAAUGGACCUAAUAUAUGGAAUCCAUUAACAACUACAGAAAAAUUUAGAGACAUGUAUGAGAUACACCCACAGCCUGAAGAGGAUUUUGGUGAUAGCAGAAACGCCUUUAAUUCAGUGCAUACUGUGUAUGAUCUGCAAAAUGAAGCAGAUAGAAUCGAUAAUGAUGAAAUCACUAUUAUUGAACCAGAUAAAUUUAAUGGAGCUCAAAAGAGAGUGGAAUAUAGGCAGAUGCAACAACAGCGUAUAGAUGCUUUUAAUCAAGAAAAUAAUAUGAUUGUGCCAUCUGUAGAUGGACACAGAGCAAUGAAAGAGCACACAGAUCAUAUGCUAAGCAUGGAUGAUGCAUCUAUGCUCGAUCCAGAGAAAGACAAAAAAGUUAAACUUAUUAUAUACAGAAAAAGAAAAGCAGAGGUAGCACCAGAUCCAUCUAAUUCUCAUUAUGAAUUAAGGGAAAAGAAAAAAAGAGAUAAAAUGACAACACUCAAUACAAAUCUAUGGAAUAACUUAAGACUAACCAAUAAAAGAAGAGAAAGCAGCUACUCCCUGCAUGUAACACUGUAUACGUCUGAUAGAUAUAGAUGCUUUUUUAACUCUUCUAAAGACAUAAAAACACUAACUAAAUCUAUUGAGAAAAAUAUUAAAGAAGAAAUAAAAAUCUUCUAUGACGUAGUUAAAAAGAAUAAUUUAAUAGAGAAGAAUGAGGUAUUGUACCUUGUCGCAAGUAGAUCUGUAAACCUAAAUACAAAGUAUGGGGAUCUUCUGUGGCUAGAUGCAUUUCUCAAUGAUGCAGAAAACAUUGAGUAUAGAGAACUAGUAGAAACAUUUAAGGGAUAUUAUCCUAAUGUCUUUAAAGAUUUGCGGGCAUACGUGGAUAAGUAUAAACCAUUGAUAACUGAUGAUUUCUCUGCAACUGAGUGGAAUGAAACUUUGGGAGACAUCUAUAUGCGAGAAGACUUAGAUCUAAACUAUGAAAUGGUCGGCGAUCAAAAGAAGAUUAGUAAGCUAGACAGUAACUAUUAUGCACUGGCAUAUGCUCUGCGUAUGAUCCUUGCACUGCCUGAGGUAUGCCAGGACUUUUCUCAGGUUCGCAUGAGUCUUAUAAAACAAACUCAAAUAUAUGCAGAAAAGUCUAAAGACGAAUCAGCCCAGCUAGUUCUAUCAUCUCUGUGCACAUUGGCAAAGGAGUCUCCAGCGAAUGCUAAAACAAUGGAAAAUGUGUAUAAAGAUAUUUACAAUGCUCUUCAUUUCAUGUACCGGAAAGAUGUACAAUAUGAGCCAACAGUGUCUGAGCUAUACAAGAAUGUAUAUACAAUUCUCGCAGACUUCUAUGAAAAAGCAACAAUCUGUGACGAAGAUAAAUACAUCUUGCUGGGCAAGUGUGUAAUAAAGCACCAGGUGUAUACUAGAUGUGCAAAAACCUUAGGAUUUACGCCAGAUGGCUCUUUUGGUCUGGCUUUUGAUCCUGAGUACUCUCCAGAGAAAGGGAACACAUGGAUAAUUCCGCUCGACAUACAACUGCAUUACCAUGUGUACUAUGUGGACAAUGAAGAAAGAUGGUCUAGAAAGCUGUGCAUGCCCAUAUAUACAGAAAGAGGAAGCAAUGAAAAACACUACAUACACACAAUUGGCGAUAUAGUAGAGUAUACAAAGAGACUGUAUGGCAUAGAGAAAGAUAUUGUGCAUCCUUUCAAAGUAAGAAAAGGAACUAGAGAGUGGUCGUACAUUGAGAAGGGAGACGAAAGAAAUCUGACAGUGAAAGAUCUAGAAGAGUAUGAAGUAGUGUUCUACCGCAUUGAAGAAGAUCUGGCAACGACAGAGUUUAUAUUUGCAGAGUUUUGGCCGCUAUCUCACGAAAGUGAAAAGAGAAUUCGCAUUCCGCUGUUUUUUACACGUUUGAUGCUGGAUGCAGAAGACCUCGGGCCCUUUAAAAAGAAGGGCAUCCAUGCAAAGAUAAACACAGCAGCGAGAUUUAGAGAUAUAGUGCCUAAUGUGUACGAGUUUGAUGUUGCUUACAAAAAGGAUGAAUACUCUAAUGUGCAUGGAUACUACAAAAAUCUGUGCAUAAUGCCAGAUGAAGAAAAGACGCCCUCUCUGGACUGCUACAUUAUGGCCUAUCGAACAGGUCUAGAGAACAACUCUGUCAAAGUUGUGUGGUAUGUGAACAUGACGAAAGGCGCCAAUGCAUAUACACACUGCUUAAUGAACAAAAAUUUCAGAGAAGAUCCAGAGAAAGUUAAACAAUUUUUCGAUGUGCUGGAGUCGAGAAAGUACAAUAGAGAUAGCACACUGCAGAGCAUUUGGCUGAAAAAUAGCAAUAUGGAAGACAUCAAGUCAAAAGACCAGGCAGAGAAGAUAUAUACAUGGCAGGUGGAAGAUCAAAAAGAGAAAGAGGCUGCUAUCGAAGAGGAGAGUAUAACUAAGAUGAAAAAUAAAACUAAGAUAAAUAAUAGAACUAAGGAGGGCAAAAAAAAACUAAAGACAAAGUUGAAAACAGAAAGAGAAAAAAUAAGAGCAGAAGUUAUAAAUUUUAAUAAAACAAAUAAAAUGCUGAAUAGACUACUAGGUCUAGAAGAAGAAAUAGAAGAACUGAAAAAAUUGGGAAAAAUCAAAGAGCUAGAAGAGCUAAAAAGAGCAGAAGGUAUUACCAAUAACACCAGUGAAAUAAAAAAAUUGGAAAAAAAAAAGAAAGCAACAAACACUAGAAAAUAUACAGCAACAAAAAGACUAAAAGCUGCAAAUAAAGAACUGCAGGAAGCAAUAUCUGAAAAGCCAUACAAGAUGAUAGAUCUUAUAGUGUUCCGCAAUGUGAACACCAGCAAGUCCAAUCUGGGAGUGCAUAACGAGAUUCUUGAUAGUUUUAUUACAUUGUAUAAAAAGUGUAAGUAA